AUGACUGUGCCUGCGCCGUCAGAUGGACGCCCUCUGCCCUCGCCCGCGGACCUCGACUACGCGGACCUCAGUAGCAGCCCUCCACCGGAGCCUCUGCUGAUUGCCCCGCCCACCGCUCCCUAUCCUCCACCGAGUGCCACCCUACGGGACCAUUCCACCAAUCGCGGUCGUGCAUUGAGCGCAACGAGCCCUCAGAAUGCCACGCCACGAGCCACAACGCCCGCAUCGCAGGCUCGGUUGAAGUCCAGUCUCGAGAUUGAUCGCAAAGCCUCCGUUCCCUAUGGCCAUCACCGGCAGACAUCGAUUGUGCACGGGGUGCAGCAUUCGCGCAACACCAGCAUGCUGUCCGCAUCGACUAGCUCAAGUCCGAUGACCCCUCAAAAGAUUGCAUUCCCCGACGCCAUGCCCGGUGCAUACAAUCCAGCUCCGAGUCUGAAGAAAAGUCCGUCAAUGUCAACGUUACAUUCGAAUGCCCUGCCGAAUGGUGCGCUUCCAACUGCAGUCAAUCGUAGUUUUGAAAAUGGCACCAUGCAGAGGAGGCCAGAGCGCAUGCAUAGUGGGAGGGUGAAGCGUAGCCAUGAGCAUCAGCGAUCACAGUCGAGGAUUACGGCGCAUACGCAGACGCCGGCACAGACACCGGAGUUGAAAACGGUUGGCGAGUAUGCGCUUCACCACUUGUUCACCUCGUUCAUCGCCGAGGCCGACGAGAGGAUUGAGCGUUGCAUGCAGAAGCCAGGAGAGCCAGAACCUCGUAUUGAAGACAUUUGCGGCCCGGGGGCAGAUCCGGCUUUUGACCAGCUCAUAUCCUCGCUGGGACACAUCAAUCGACACAAGCCAAACUCCCUGAUUGAUUCAGUCAUACACUGGCGAAAGAAGAAGGCGGAUACUGCAAACACCAUGUACGGAGAGUUGAGAGCGCUGCGAGAGGCCAAUUCCUUGACCCAGCGUGCUAUCAUGGGCGGUCCCACCUCAGUUCCCAACUCGCCGCCCAGCGGCCGUGAUAUUGUCCUGCUAGAGGCGAGCGUUGGAAUGGCAGAUCGGCGGUCCACAGUCUCUAUUUAUAUUCUAUGCCGAGUGCUGAUCGAAAUCAUUGGACAAACAACCCUUCGAGCCCUGAACGGACCAGACAGUGCACUGAACACUGCCGGACGGCUUGAAGAUGUAAUAUACGGCCAGUUGCAAAGUGCCGAUCCAGAUCUACUGGCAACAUCGCCCGUCAUCCGAGCGAAUUGGGUCAUACGAGGCCAGCUGCUCGGAGUGAUGAGUGGUGUCCGCUUCGAUGAGGUGGUUGAGAGAUUCCUCAAGGAUCUCAAGGUCGCGCAGAAGCGAUUGUCAAUCAAAGGACUCGCCGAUCCCAAAUUGGCCGCGAAGACAUCUUUGCUCGUGCAGAGUAUGCGAUGGCUGAAAAUACGCACUCAACCUGAGGAGGCCUGGCAGCAGUCUUGUCAGAUGCUCCAACUGCUUGCCAAAUUCUUUGCGGAAGUACAUGGCCGGACCAUGAAGCAUGCGUAUGCGGAGCUCUUUGAACAUCUUCUUCUGCCCAUCGCGGCGACGGCAACAACCGAGCUCAACAUGCCCAAAUGGAAGGAGGUGGUAUCAAUUGUACAGCCAAAGAUUACGCAAAUGCUUUCAAAAGCAGACCAUUGGCCACAUGUUUAUCCGUUGCAGGCGGUGCUUUUGUGUGCCUCGCCUGCUGAACAAUUUGCCACGCAGUGGCUGCAACUGGUUGUCACAUUCCAGCCGAAAGCUCGAGAUCGUGCGGCUCGCUCUCACGCCCUCAAAGCGAUUUGUCGACUUGUGUGGCGAUAUCUAUACCGCACUGCCGACUCGCCCAAUGCUGUGGCCAGGAAGCUUGACGAGAUUGUGAAGCUCGUCUUUCAGGGAGGCAAGCGCGUGCUCAUAUCGACUGAUCCCACCAUUGCAGAUCCUCUCAUACAGCUUAUACGGAUGGUUGGUUACAAGCAUCAAGACGUAUGCUUCAGGACAAUCAUCUUUCCCCUCAUGAACGCGGAACUGUUUUCCGGUUCUGAUAGAGACCUGAAGAUUGAGAAUCUCGACCCGGAGAAGACCGUCAUCGCCAUCCGCGCGUUCCUCGCCAUCAUGGCCGAUCUGGAGAGGGCAGAGGCUCCUCCCUUCCCGACACGUUUCGAGUGCGAUUCGCUAAUGGACCCGUCAUCACGAACGCCCAUCACCCAUCGUCGAACCCGGUCGCAGGGCUUUGCUCUAUCCGCAGGUCGGACUGAGCGUUUGUCACGACCUGUCAUGACUACAAACCUUAACGAAGUCGCAAAGGAGUAUUAUGUCAAGUUCUGCAAGAUGCUGGGACAGUUGACCAUCAUCUGCGACAACACCUUUGGUGGGCAAGCUGUGCUGGAUGAGAAGUUUUCCUCGCAGACGCCCAAAACACCAAUGGCCGAAGCAUUCACGUUAUACAAGAGAGACGAGAUGCACCCCACCGAUGUUCGGCAGCACUACUACGACCUGCUGCAUGUUGCCGUGGAGGCACUGCCGCGAUGUUUAUCGCCACAUUUACCCAUCAACUCGCUGGUCAACCUGCUUUGUACGGGUACCGCUCACGUCCAGUCCCAUAUUGCGACCUCUUCGGCACAAUCUCUCAAAUCCAUCGCACGGCAGUCGCACGCGCAGCAGGUCACCAUCGGCUUCGCACGGUUCAUCUUCAACUUCGACGACCGCUAUGCCACUGUUUCGGAUGGCAGUCUGCUAGGGCCGGGCCAUAUUGAAAAUACACUCAAGCUCUACGUUGAGUUGCUGCAAAUAUGGAUCGAUGAUAUUCAACAGCGCACGCGCAAGGCUGCGGCGGAGCCGCGCGAUGACGAAGAUCAGACUAUUCGUCCGCUACCACUCGAUCUGUCAGGAWUCCUAGCGCACGUUGAUGAGGUUGAAUCUCACGGGCUGUUCUUCCUCUGUUCGCCAUCCCGAGCGGUUCGAGCUGUGGCCGUCAACGUCUUGCGUCUCAUCACCAACUUCGAUACUGCGUUGGGCAAGCCUUGUACCCGCAUCAUCAGCAUUCUCGAAGGCGGCUCGCAGCAAGUGAUUGAUGUCAACGACGAACGUCUGACAUUGGCGGAGCGAAGCCGGCUGCAAAAGGGCCUGCGUAAGGGCAAUGUCAACAGCACACUUGUCGAGCUUUGCAGCAGUGACGUCGCACACGAUGCAAAUCUGUGGUUCAAAGUCUUCCCAAACCUCGUUCGGCUCAGUUCUGAGAUCUGUCUACAUGCCGUUGCCCUGACCCGGGAGCUUGUGUGCCAGAGGCUGUCUCACAGUUACCGAUUGAUCGCAGCUCUCGGCGAGGGCGUCAACAACAAACAUACGGCAAAUGCACUCGAACAAGCCUUUGGCGCGAACAAACCUUCUGCUCGACUGAACAGCACUUCUCCUGAUAUCAUCAUCGAACAGUGGAAAAUUCACCUCAUAUUCGCCUGUACAACAUUGACAAAUAUUGGCGGCUCGUCGAAUCAUCUCCCCGUCUCCAGCCAGAGCUCUCAGCACACCCGUAAGAGCUCAAAGUCGUCUGCAACUAGCCAGGAGAAGAUCGCGUCUGCAUCGGAGCUCUUCACAAGAGUGGUGCCGUUCUUGAGUGUGCCCAAUCCGAGUGUUCGGAGUGCAGCAGUGGCUGGCCUUGGAGCUACCAAUGCGACGCUCUUCCAAGCACUACUCGAGAUCCUGCAGCCGUUGGUUAUGGAAUGUAGUGCAGAAGCAAAAGAACGCAUUGCUACUCAUCAGCGGAGUAUCAGCAACUCACGGAGGAACUACAGGAUUGACUUUUUGCGAACAGAGAUCACACACCUCCUUAGUCUGACCUCACACCUUCUCUACAAUCCGACCGUCUCCAGCGAGGACUAUGUCAUGGCUUACAUGGUUGAUUACACCAAGCAUCUUCGAAUCUUCCUAAGCGACACGGGAAUACAAGGAGAGCUAGAGUUCCAAAAACUGCGAACGCAUUACUGUGCACUCGUGGACAACCUUUAUGGUAGCGUCCAAACUCGUGAGAACGCCGCUCACUGGAUCUCGUUUCAGUCUCGACAAGCGACUUUCGCGCUGAUGGAAAAUUGGUGCGGCUUCUCACCUAAUGAGUUUCAGCUUCGCAAGCAUCAAGAACACCUUCGCCGGUCGAUCUUGGAGCGCGAAGGUGACAUGCGCAGUAGAGGUGWCAUCAACUCAGCGAUCGAAAAGGAGAAGAAUGAGCUUCAAUUUGCCGCACUCAGUGCAAUGGCCAUGCUUUGUGCCGGACCACUACGAUUUGUGGCAGACAGCAGGGUACUGAUGCAGUUCGACGUAAGGCGAAUGCUGUCAUGGAUUAAUGGCAUCUUCGAAGCGCCCAGCGAUCGGACACACAACGUCGGCCGGAAGGCACUCCACAGUCUUAUCGUGCACAACCUUGACCAGCCAUACCUCAUGGCACAGACGAUGAGAAUGUGCUACAUCGCCCGCACGCCCAAGUCUGUGGGUAGCUAUUUUGAAGUCGUUACGAAAGUGUUGACGGAAAAUAACGACAUAGCGACGCCGUUUUGGAAGAUUCUCUGUGCAGGUCUGUACACGCUUGGAAAUGAGGACAACAGCGUACGAAUGAAAUCUGCAAAACUUUUACGCACUCUUGAAGAACGCCAGGGCAAAACAUCCAAGCUGCAAGAUCUUGACAUCAGUGUCUCGGACAAGACGACGGCGGUGUACAAGCUCGCACAGUUCGAGAUUUCCCGCCGACUAGCCAGUCAACACCCAGAACUUGCUUUUCACGUCUUCUCGGAGUUUUCCGCGUACUUCAACGAGCUACAGCCUGAUCAUCAGCGGAAUAUGGUCUCCGGGAUGCUCCCAUGGAUCCAGACUAUUGAGCUCCAGCUCGACCCAAACGGAGGCCCUACUGCAACAUCCCACAUGCUCCUGGUGAACCUCUUCGAGAUCACAGUCAAGAGCAGCAUAACUCUGCACAAUGAGAUUCAAGCGCUGUGGCAAGCCCUUGCCACAGGUCCCUACGCAGGGAAUGUACAACUUAUCCUCGAUUUCAUCAUCACCAUCUGCUUGGACAAGCGGGAGCAGAACUUUGUGAUAUAUGCGAAGCAAAUCGUCGUCUUUCUCUCCAAGACACCAGCUGGCGCGAGGGUGGUAGAGUAUCUGCUCAUGCAGAUCUGUCCAARGACUAUGGUGGCCGAGCGACGAGAGGCUAUGCAGCCUCCGCUCGACACUGCCGGGCUGCCGUACAUUGCCGAUCUUGCUGUAGUGCUUCCAAGCGGCGCAAAGCAGAACGGUCUUUCAUUGGGCCAGCUGAGCAUGAUAUUACUAGUGGAUCUGGUCGUCUCGCCUUUUCAGCUGCCGGCGGACAAGGUGCCUGUUCUGCUGCAGGUCAUCCUCGUGCAGUGGGAUCAAUAUGUUAGUGUCGUGCAGGAUCAGGCACGCGAGAUGCUGGUACAUCUCAUUCAUGAACUUGUUAUAUCCAAGAUCGAUUCUGGAAGCACCGAGCCGGACAAGAAAUCCAUCGAAGACUUUAUCGAGUCGGUGCGGAGACAAGACGUCAAGAUUUCCUGGUCAUACGCCGAUAGCGAGGUACGUGCUGGAGAAGAGGACAGCCGGGCGGUAUCAGAGCCAAUGGCAUACGUGGUUGAUGAGGUUGUGCGCAUCUUCUCAAUCACCUACCCAGGCAUCCGCGAGGAAUGGGGCAGAGUCACAAUGCACUGGGCUACGUCGUGUGCGGUGAGGCACGUUGCGUGCAGGAGUUUCCAGGUGUUCAGAUGUGUCUCCACGACGCUUGAUCAGGACAUGCUCGCCGAUAUGCUUGCGAGGCUGUCCAACACCAUUGCCGAUGACGAAAACCACGACUAUCUCAUCUUCUCGCUGGAGAUCUUGACAACGCUGAGAAGCAUCAUCGAUGCACUGGAUCCUUUGGACGUGCUUGCUUAUCCGCAGCUCUUCUGGAACGCCUGUGCCUGCCUCGAUACCAUCUUCGAGCGAGAGUUUCAGGAAUGUCUCAGCAUGCUUGAUCUGCUUCUGACCAAGAUGGACUUGAGUGAUCCGGCGGUGCUGAAGAUUCUCCAAGAAAGUCAGCCUGAGAAAUGGGACGGUGGUUUCUCCGGCCUUCACACGCUCAUCUACAAAGGUGUUCGCUCCAGUAAAUCCAUGGAACGCUCUCUCAAGAUCAUGGAAAGACUGAUCAAGCUUCCAUCGGGUGACAUCGUGGGUGACGAUGACCGACUAUUGUUCACAGUCCUGGCAAAUCUACCUCGCUACCUGCAUCACUUCGAUCACGACAUCGAUACAUCAAUCUUGGAAUCCGCAGAGAUUCUAGCAUAUGCAGCAGAAAGCCAGAACUAUGUCAACCUCGCGAGAGCUCUGCAAGGUUUCGCCAGCGGCAAAUAUCGGACCGAAAAGGACUUCCUCGCGCAGUGUAUGUCUGCCAUCCGUACGGCCUUCUUUCCCAUGCAGGAGUUCAACAGCCUCGUGUUCCUCCUCGGCAUGGUCAACAACCAGACUGCUUGGGCCAAAGUCAAGACGAUGCAGAUAUUGUGUGUCAUAAUCCCAGAAACCGACAUGCGCAAGCCGGAGAUUGCUAGUCAAGGGCCAGAUCUGAUCUCGCCGUUGUUACGAUUACUCCAAACUGAGCACUGCCAGCAAGCCUUGGAUGUUCUGGACAAUGUGAUUGAUAUGACCGGUACACCGCUCGACAACAAGCACCUUCGCAUGAGCAUGGCAGGCUCGCACUCCAGCCGGGCGACAAGGAAAGAGUACGACAGCACGAAGAGUUUGUAUGGUAUUCCAGAGGAGUCUGGAUGGUCAAUUCCUAUGCCAGCGUUGCAUUCGGCCCAGACACGAGCAAACGUGCACGCUGUCUUCUACACACUGGCCUACGCCGGCGUGAACGGCUAUCACGAGACUGACAACACACCUGAGAUUGAGUUCCACAAAGACGACUACAGUCAAUACGACUCGUAUUUUGCUGAUCGUACUGCGACAAUGCUCUCGGAUGAUGCACGCAUUGCGGAUACCAAUCUCGGCGAACUGGCGGAGAAACUUGACACUCUCGACGAUUUCUUCGACGAAUCGGCCGAAUCGCCAUCUGCUUUGCAGAAUGGAGCAGAGAGGUAUGCGGUCGAUGCGCGAGAAAAUCUCUACGAUCAACAAGCCUUGCCAAUCCUUCAUCGCUCGCUGAGGCGGAAUGCGAGCAUCACAUCUUUCCAGACUGGUUUCGCCGAACUCCGUCGUCAUCCACCUCGCGAACCCAUCAUGAAUCCAGCAGCUUUUGCUCACCCAGCCUAUGCUCAGCCUCCAGGCCUGCACCACCGUCCGAGCACARAUACCACUCGACCUGGUCUUCACAACCGCUCCGUCACUUCUCCUGUGACAUCCCUCAAUUCUCCAACCCGCUCCAACACCGACCUCUUAUCUGGCGAUGAGACUGGGGAUGAUGUUGAGCCUUUCUCCGAUGCUGAUGACGAGCCGCAUACCUUUGGACGCUCGCAGACUGCGGAUGAGAUUUCUCAAAGUGCACAGUAUACGGUCAAGCCUUCUGGGGGAUUCAAAGCGCUGCGGUCUAAUUUCAGACGACUCACGAGUGGGAGUCACGCUGCAACGAGGGAGGCUAGAGAUGCGGUUAGAGCAGCUGAGGCUGCGAGGAAUCUCAAAGUUCCCAAGUUGCCUGCGGGAUAUAUUUUGAGGGAGGGGCCGUUCAGUGCUGAGCCAUAG